GGGGUCACGCUGGGUGCCAUCCCGCAGAGGGACCCAAAGCUGCCCCAAAAUUCACAGGGAGGGGUGUGUAGAAUACUAAAACCUGGCAAGUGUUUCAUUUUUAUAGGUAUUAGUAAAGAAUAGGAAUUUGUCUCUAAACUCAUUUGCAAAGAAACCCAGAGCAGCACCCGGUGUCAGGAUGAGGAGGGGGCAGCUCCUGCCAGGGCCUGUUUUAGGGUGAGGGUUUGCCUCAGUUCCCUUUUGCAUGGAGCUGCUGGAGCAGAGGGGUUUAUGGGGGGCUCCCGGGGCUGUCCAUGGAAGGACGGUGAGCGUUUCGGACAACACUUGGAGCCGAGGGGAGCUUUGGCCGGGCCGGCGGGCGGGGCAGGCGGCGCGGGCGCUGCGCCGGUGCCGGCCGCUCCGUCCGCUCCGGGCGCGGGGCUCGGGCGCCGCCGGGGGCCCCCGGGCCCGGUGCCGGCCCCGCCGGGCCGGGGGGAGCGGGCGGGGGUCUCCCGGCGCGGCGCCGCCUCUGCCUGCCCGAGGAGCCGCUUUCCUGCCGGGACCGCGGCUUCUCAUUUUCCAGCGUUCCUGCCUGGGGUGGCUGCGAGGUGGUUCUGGGGAACUUAUCGGAUCGUUUUCUGUUGUCCGGAGUUGGUGUAGGAGAAGGGCCGUGGGGCACUUUUUGGUUGGUACGGUUCUCGCUUCAGGCGCUGAUGACAAGGGGUUUUUUUGGCUUGAGUGUUGUUGUUGGAUUUAUUUUUGAUCGUUUCCUAUGUUUUUAAAGGAUGUGUUUUUAAAGGCUUACAAUGUUUUUUAUGGGUCGUAGCAUGAAGUAGAGGGUAGGUUUUUCAUUCGGUUGUGGAGGCUUUUAUUGGCGUGAGUGCGUAGUGUUUGUUUUGGUGGCUUGAGGUAGUGUCCUAUAGUUAAUUAGUCAGGUUUUUUUUUAAUAUUGAUUGUGGAAUUCUUGUUUAUUAUAUCAUAAGGGUUUUUUUUCAUUUGGCUUAUUUGAUUGCCGUGUGUGUUUUAUUGUUGCAGAGAAUUUGGGAGUUAUUGUUUAUGGUUACAUUUCUCUUUUGGCGACGUGCUUAUUUCUAAGUGGUAUUUGUGUUUUGAUGGUUUGAGGCACUAUGGGUUUAUUGAGUAAGGAAUAAUUAUUUUGUUGUUGUUGAUAUGUUUGGGUUUUUUGGUAGUUUGAUUUAUUUGGUUGUUGUUUUUUAUUAGUUUUAUUUUUGGGAACAUGGGUAUUUCUAUGGUGGAUCUUUUUAGGUAGUUAUUUUAUUUGGGUGGUGAAUCUUUUGUUUCUUCGUGGUUCCGAUUUUGUUACAUCGGUAAUUAUUUGGUGGGGUUUUUUUAGUUCAUUUUAUAGAGUAUUGGGUUCUCUUUAUGAGUUAGUGUCGCGGUAGAGUUUUGGUUGUUUUGGUUUUUUUUUGUUUUUUUUUUUUUUUAAGAAACGUUCGGGGUCUGUUGUAUGGUUUGGAGUAUAGUGAGUUAGUUGGCGGGUUUGGUUUUUUUUGGUUUUAGUGGUUUUUGUGAUCUGCUCUGUGUGUUUCUAUAGGUCUUUUUUUAAAUGUUUGUUUCAUUUUUGUGAUGUGAUAAGAACUGCUAGUGAAAGGAGUGUAGUGCGGGUUUUUUUGCUGGUAGUUGGUUGGCUGGUGGAGCCUUUCUGAAUUUUUUGGACGGUAUUGUUGGGAAUUCGAUGCUGUUUGUUUUGGCAUUUUAUUUUUAGGAAUUGGAUUUUUACUGCAAAGUUUUAACUGUAACUCUAAUGAAACAAAAGAAAUGCAUAAAUAUGAAAAUGGGAACAAGAACUUAAAUUUUAAAUAUAAACAGAAAACAUAUAAAUAAAACAUGUAACAUAAAUAAUGUUAUCCAUUACCAUUAGAUAUAAUAUUGUUUGCUAUAGAGUAUUUUAUAUCUUUAUAUAAAUACAUAUAAAUAUAGAUUAUAAAUAUAAACAAAUUAUCCGUCUAGAGAUGUAUAAUUAAUACAUGUGGAUAUAUAAAUAUAAGUAUUACAAAAUAAUAGGAAUCAAUAUAGUUCAUAAUGCAUAUUUACUGUAUAUGUCUUCUUAUAGCAUAUUAUAUGUCAUAAAUAUUAUGUAUCUAAAUAGAGUACAUCAAUAUAUUGUAAUAUAAUAGACAAAAACUUGUAAAAAUCAAAAAUAGAAAUAUAGAAGUUUUUAAAUAUAGUUUAAAAUAAAGGGGAUUCUUAUUUUCUAUUUGUUAGUAGGUAGGGGUUUUAUUAUAAAAAUUAUACUGUACAAAGCAGUUAAAAGUAAGUUGUACCAUAUCGAAAUACUUGUGAUGCAAAAAGCUGAUCUCUGAACGUGAAAGUCAAUAUUAUUUUCUCCUCUAUAACAUCCGAUGACUGUGGGGGAGAAGGAGGGUGAGCAGCGGGCCCGCAACAGGCGGAGGGCGGGCAGGGGGACGCGGGCACUUCACUGUUUUGGCCAGGGUGCUGAUCUCGGCCAGUCGGGGCAGGCCAAGUCCCCGCAGAAGCGGAAACACUGCGGGGGAAGAGGCGUCGAGAGCCCGCAGCGGGCUCUGCGCGCCCUCCCCAUUCCCCACCACCGAGCCGCCUCCCCGCCGCGUCGCCGCCGCUCCCCGACCGAGCUGCUAUCGCAGAGUCCGCCUUUGCCGCCCGGAACCAUUGCCGGGCUGCGCCCCUCCCCUGCCGCAAGUGCCGACGGACGGCUGCAGUACGGGCUCUGCGGGGCCCUUUUCGCCGGGAGCCGGGCACGAGCAAGGGCCGGAGAAGGGGCCAGGGGGUCUCCGAGCGGGACCCGGGGCGCCCGCGGGCCCUUCGAGCAGCGCGGGCUCCGCCCCACGCUGCCACGGGCCGCGGCCGCGCAGCUCCCGAGCCCCGCCAAUCCCGGCCCGCCUUUCCCCGCCCUGUCCAAUCACAGCCACCCUUUCAAUCCGGGCGCGGUUCCUGCCAUUUCAGCCCGCUCAGUCGCGGCCCGGCUCCUCAGCCUGGCCCCGCUCCCCCCUGCGCCUGAGGCGCCGCUCCCGCCGCCGCUUUGGGACCCGGCGGAGCCGUAUCCCUGCUGCCGCAGCCUCGGCAGGCGCUGGAGCCGGGAAGGGCGGGCGGGAGCUUCCCGUUCAGGCGCCGGCCGGGAUUUCUCCCACGGAAACGGGUGCCGGCGGGGAGCGGGCGGACCCGGCCCCUGCAAUGGCGGCGGCGGGAGCCGCGCGUGAGGGGAGCGCGGGGUGGUCGCGAGGCGAGCGCGCGGGGAAUGGGCGGGCUCGGAUUGGUGGGACCGGCGCUGCCUCGGGUUGUGAUUGGCUGGCGGGGCCGGCGCUGAGGUGUAAGUAGCGUGCGUCGGGGUGGCGGCGGCGUCAGUUCGGCGGCGGGACUGGAGGCGACGGGAGCUGCGAAUGCGCGUUCCGGGGAGCGCCGCUGCGCCGGGACGGGCCCCCCGCGGCUGCCGAUCCGAGGAGCGCUGCUACAGGCUGCAGUGAGAAGCAGGAGCAACCUUUAGCUACAGGAAGCUGAGGAGCUGGAGCUGAGGCAGCAGAGCCGGAGGAGACAGAAAUGUGGCGGUCCAGUCGUGUAACACCGAGACCCCCUCUGCAACCAGCCCGCAGACCCGCUCCUUCAACCUCGUGGGAAUUCAGGAAGCGGCACACGGCUCUGCGAGGAAGCCU